AUGCUUUCAAGUGAAAUUCUUCAUAGCUGGAAUCCAAAGUACAUAGUGUCUUCUAUAAUUGAAUCUAUAUUCCUAGAGGUGCUUAAAUUGCUUAAAGACUAUUUACCUUCUCAUAUUCUAUCUGUUCAGUAUCAGCAAAUACUUGGCUCUUUACUUUAUUAUGCAAGAUUAAUUUCUAAGGAAACAAUUAGUAUUAUACAAGAAGAUCCUGAUCAGCUCAGUUAUAAUACAAGUUUUCUUGAAGACCAACUUGAUAGACCACAAAUAGCAAUCCAUUCUCUUUUAAAUAGAAUACAAUUAUCAAAUGUUUUAGAAAUAUGGGAACUCUUUGGGCUUACAACAAAAUAUAAACAUUUUAUUGUUCUGCUAAAUGACAGAGAACAUUUAUGUACUUGCCUGGCUAUUAUUAAUCGUGGACUUGUAUAUUCACAUUAUUUUUAUAUUAUAAUGAACUCAAAAGUUGCUAAGUUCAGUAUUAAACUUAUAGCAAAAUGUUGGUAUAAGAAUAAUAUUAAUGACCAGAAUUUUCAAUCAAAUUUACAAGAUAGAACUGUAGAAGCAGUGACUCAAUUUCAACAAGUUAAUUCUAAUUGUGCAGUAGUUUCUGAUUUGCAUAUUCUUAAUCAGUUUAGAGCAUUGCAUAUGUUUACAACUGAAAUCAAACAACAUGUACAGAAGAAAGUCAAAUUUGCAUCUGGUUUUGGAAAGUCAAAAGCAGCACUUAAUUUAGUGAUUGAUAUGGGCUGCGAGAAUGAAUUUAUUAAUAUGAUAAAUGGCUUUAUCAAUCAGAAGAAAAGUAGCAUUAAUAAUACAAAUAAUGAAAACAAUGAAAAUUUGCAUAUAUUGGAUCCUUUGUCAUCAGCAAAAAAUAAUUCACAUAAUGCUAGCACUAAAUGCAGUGCAAUUAAUCCGAUUAAUCCAAAUUUAUAUGUAUACAAUACACAUUCAAGAUAUGGUACAAAUAUUACUGCCCAACCAUUACAACAUAUAUCUAGUAAUAAUUUUAAUGAAAAUCAAGCUGAUAUUUCUACUAAAACAACUCAAAUUAUGAAAGAGAAUACUGAGAGUACUGUCAAGUGGAAAUAUAUAUGCAAGAUAUGUAGAAAUCCUGGUCAUAAUUCUCAAAG